AUGCGCCCCUCUCUCCGCCUGCUUACCAGGACACCCAACUACCCAGGCCAUAUCCCCCUCUCCUACUCCCAGAAUGCCCUCCUCGCAGUCGGAUCGGGCGUCAUGGGUGUCGUAGACGUCUCGCGCGGCGACCUCAUCGCAUCUCUUUCCGAGUCUACGGCCGGCAUAUUCUUGCCAGCCCUACACGACAAGAUGAAGGUCACUCCCGAAGGACGUCAGAUUAUGAAAGAUCGCCCGCAAAUAACGAGUCAGACGAUUGAGGGGCUGAAGAACUUGAAGAGGGGUACGCUGGGGAGAGAGUAUGUGGAGUGGAUGGGCGAUGGGGGGCUGGAACCAGAGAGUAGAGUACCAGUGAAUUACAUCGACUCUCCAACUCUGGCCUACACCAUGCUCCGCUACCGCCAAACCCACGACCUUUACCACACCCUCUUCUCCCUGCCCCCCACUCUCCCACAUGAGCUCUCUCUCAAGGUCCUCGAAUUCUCCAACAUGAAACUCCCCGUCGCACUCCUCUCCUCAGUAUUUGGACCCCUGCGGCUGAAACGCAAGGAAACUUGGUCAAGAGAUUGGGUCCCUUGGGCGCUCCGUACCGGCCGAGAAGGAAGAAGCUUGGUAACGGUGUACUGGGAGAAGAGGUGGGAGCAAGGGGUGGGAGAACUUAGGCGGGAGCUGGGUGUUUCGAGGAAUGAUGCGAAUGGAGUAGAGGCUCGAUGGGGUGGGUAUAGGAAGCUGAGAGAGGAGGAGAGGAAGCUGAGAAGAAAGGGAGAGUGGGUGGAUGAACCUGAAGAGUGGUGA